AUGCCGAUGGAGGAAGGGGAUGGGGACAGAUACCGGGACAUUGAAGACGGAGCGGAAACUGGCUCAGAUGAGCCUCUUAUAUCAAGCGGAAAGAAAGCAAGCUCGUCCAGUCGCCUGCGCCAGAUUGUCUGGUUACUGGUGUUGCUCUGCGUCGGUGGCUGGGUGCUUGCUUUCGUACUGUUCCUCACGCAGAAACGACCCGAUACCGCGGCACUCUCAUCUGCGUCAUCCGCGGAGAUCCAUGAACCAACCGUGGAGAUCCAUGAAUCAGACCCGGUCUCCGGUGCUAAGAGCCAUGGGAAACCAGUGACACUCGAGCAAGUCUUGAGUGGUACCUGGUCUCCGAGGUCCCACGCGAUCUCCUGGAUUGCAGGCCCGGAUGGCGAGGAUGGUCUUCUGGUUGAGCAGGGCGAGAAACAAGACGCUUUUUUAAGGGUGAAAGACAUCCGCAGUAGUAAGGAUGGCGUCGAUAAUCUCGACACCAGAGUGUUGAUGAAGAAGGCGUACAUCUGGUUUGAGGGAGAGGCCAUGAUACCAGCCAAGACGUGGCCAAGUCCUGAUAUGAACAAGGUCUUGAUCAUGACUGACAUCCAGUCCAAUUGGAGACACUCGUAUUUUGGGAAAUAUUGGAUUUUCGAUGUGGCGACGCAGAAGGCCGAGCCGCUCGAUCCUGGGAACCUGGGUGGACGUGUACAGCUUGCAACUUGGUCGCCAACCUCUGAUGCGGUUGUGUUUGUUCGUGAGAACAACCUAUAUUUGCGUAAGUUGGCAUCUUUGGAGGUCACCCCCAUCACCAAGGACGGCGACGAGAACCUCUUUUAUGGUGUUCCAGACUGGGUGUAUGAGGAAGAAGUGUUUGCAGGCAACACCGGAACCUGGUGGUCAGAUGAUGGGAAGUUUGUCGCAUUCCUUCGAACGAACGAGUCAGCAGUUCCUGAAUACCCUAUUCAAUACUUCCUUUCACGGCCAUCUGGCAAAGAGCCGCCACCUGGACUUGAAAAUUACCCUGAAGUCAGACAGAUCAAAUACCCCAAACCAGGAGCCCCGAAUCCGAUUGUCAACUUGCAGUUCUAUGAUGUCGAGAAAAAUGAAGUUUUCUCAUUUGAGAUGCCAGAGGACUUUGUUGACGCUGAACGCAUUAUCAUCGAGAUUGUCUGGGCGUCCGAGGGCAAAGUUUUGGUCCGAGAGACCAACCGCGAAAGCGAUGUUGUGAAGAUUUUUGUUAUGGACACAAAGGCUCGAACUGGUAAACUGGUGCGGUCAGAUGAUAUCGCAGCUUUGGACGGUGGCUGGGUUGAGCCUUCACAAUCGACUCGGGUUAUUCCCGCUGACCCUAAAAAUGGUCGCCCACACGAUGGUUAUAUUGACACCGUUAUUUAUGAAGGCUAUGAUCACUUGGCUUAUUUCUCACCUUUCGAUAACCCAGAGCCUGUGAUGUUGACCAAGGGCAAUUGGGAAGUGGUCAAGGCGCCGUCCGCUGUUGACCUGAAGAAGGGUCUGGUAUACUUUGUUGCCACAAAGGAAGCUCCAACUCAGCGUCAUGUAUACUCUGUCAACCUGGACGGGUCCGAUCUUCGACCCCUGACGGAUGUAUCUGCACCCGGAUUUUUCGAUGUUUCAUUUUCACAUGGAGCCGGCUAUGGUUUACUCAGCUAUAAAGGCCCAGCAGUGCCGUGGCAGGCUGUGAUCAACACCCAAGGCGACGAGAUUGACUUCCUAAACCUCAUCGAGGAGAAUGUUGAACUCGCCAAGAGGGUGGAAAAUUUCGCUCUCCCAACAGAGGUGUACACCAAUGUAACCAUUGAUGGUUACACGCUCCAAGUUCUGGAGCGCCGCCCUCCAAACUUCGACCCUGCAAAGAAAUACCCCGUGCUUUUCUUCCUAUAUGGUGGACCGGGAUCUCAAACGGUCGACCGCAAGUUUACAGUUGACUUCCAGACCUAUGUCGCCUCGAGCCUGGGUUAUAUUGUCGUCACCGUGGAUGGUCGGGGAACCGGGUUCAUCGGGAGAGAAGCCCGAUGCGUUGUUCGCGGUAAUAUCGGCCACUACGAAGCUAUUGAUCAGAUUGAGACGGCUAAGAUCUGGGCUAGCAAGAGUUACGUGGAUGAAAGCCGCAUGGCAGUUUGGGGCUGGAGCUACGGUGGCUACAUGACCCUGAAGGUCCUUGAACAAGAUGCGGGCGAGACAUUCCAAUAUGGCAUGGCCGUGGCACCCGUCACUGACUGGAGGUUCUAUGACUCUAUCUAUACAGAACGUUAUAUGCACACACCCGAGCACAACCCCUCAGGUUAUGAAAAUGCCUCCAUCAGUGAUGUUAUGGCCCUAGGCCACAGUGUUCGAUUUUUGAUCAUGCACGGUGUUGCUGACGACAAUGUUCAUCUUCAAAAUACCCUUGUGUUGAUCGACAAGCUGGAUUUGAAGAACAUCGACAACUACGAUAUGCAGGUCUUCCCUGACUCGGAUCAUAGUAUACAAUUCCAUAUGGCGCAUGCGCUUGUUUAUGAACGUCUUUCGAGCUGGCUCAUUAAUGCGUUCAACGGUGAAUGGCAUCGGAUCACGAGUCCGAAACCACAGGAGUCGACGUGA